CUUGACAUAUUAAUUAAUCAAAUCUUAGAAUAUUCAACAUUCGAUUAGAAUUCGAAUUUUUUUUUCGAAUCAUCCUCUUCAUAAUAAAUCCAUAAAAUUAUGGCCAUUGGCCAUAAUAGUGCAUCACCAUUAUUAUCGUCCACACAACAACGAUUGUCGCCACCACCAACAACAAUGAUGAUGAUGAUACAUCCAAGAUCUGUUUUAAGGAUACGUGAAAAAUAUCUUUUACUAGCCAUUAUAAUUAUAUUCAUGGUCAUUAGCCUGAUUGGUAUGGCCUAUUUACCAGAGCUUAAAACAAGUAAAGUUUAUUUACAAUACAUAAAACCAGCUGAUUCAUUGGGACCACAAUUAUUGGGUUUAAUACCACCAAAUGAUAAUGAUGAUAAUUUUAAUGAAAUUGGUGGUAUGCAAAUGGUUAAUGAUGGCCACAAUAAUAAUUAUCAACAACAACAACAGACAGCUAUAUUACCACCGCCACCAAGAGGACGUUUUGAUGAUGAAAAACGUUUAAGUGAAAAAAUUCAACAACAUUUUAGUCAACAACAAAAAACUGUGAUACCAAAACCGAAUAUACCGAAAUCAUCACCAACCUCAUCACCAAUAGUACAAUCAAAUUCUUUGGAUAAUCAUCAUGAUAAUGUGAAUAAUCAGCAUUUGGUUGCAUUAUAUGAACCAAUACGAAGACAAUCAAAUUGGACACGAAUACAGUUACCAAACGGUGAAGAUGGUGAUCCAGAAAUUCGUAAAAAACGGGACAAAAUUAAACAAAUGAUGAUUGUAGCAUGGGAUAGUUAUAAAAAAUAUGCAUGGGGUGAAAAUGAAUUGAAACCCAUAAAGAAAACAGGUCAUGCUCCCGGUGUAUUUGGUAAAACAAAAUUAGGUGCAACAAUUGUCGAUGGUAUGGAUACAUUGUACAUAAUGGGCCUGAUGGAUCGUUUUGAAGAUGGCCGUCAAUGGAUUGCUGAAAAUCUGGAUUUCAAUAACAUUGGAUCAGAAAUAUCCGUAUUCGAGACAAUUAUACGUUAUGUUGGUGGCCUAUUAACUUGUUAUGCAUUUACGAAAGAUGAAAUGUUUUUACAAAAAGCAGUGAAUAUAACACAACGUAUGUUGCCAGCAUUCGAUACUCCUACUGGUCUGCCACAUGCAUUGAUAAAACCAGCACUUGGAACUAGCCGUAAUUAUGCAUGGGCAUCACAAAGUAAUUCAAUAUUAUCCGAAGUUGGAACAUUAUCAUUGGAAUUUUAUUAUUUAACCGCAUUGACUGGUGAUCAGAUUUAUUAUAAUAAAAUUGAUCGUAUACAAACAAUAUUGGAUUCAUUACCAAAACCAAAUGGUUUAUAUCCAAAUUAUAUUAAUCCAAAAACUGGAAAAUUUGGUCAAAAACACAUUUCACUUGGUGCAUUAGGUGAUAGUUUUUAUGAAUAUCUCCUGAAACUGUGGUUAAUGAUGGAUAAAAAACAAACAACAUCCUUACGAAUGUAUAAUGAAGCUGUGGAUGCAAUCGACAAGAAAUUGGUACAAAAAUCAUCAUCUGGUCUUGUUUAUGUAGCUGAUUUACGUUAUGAACGUUUGGAACAUAAAAUGGGCCAUCUUGCUUGUUUUGCGGCUGGAAUGUUUGCAUUAGGAGCAAAAGAAAAUGCCCACGAUGAACAUAGAGCUGAACAUUUCUUAAAACUUGGUUCAGAUAUUGCCGAAACAUGUCAUGAAUCUUAUAUUCGCACGAAAACCAAUAUUGGACCUGAAGUUUUUUGGUUCACCGGUCAGCUUGAUGCUCAAAUUGGAAAAAAAAAUGAACGUUAUUAUAUCCUAAGACCCGAAGUGAUUGAAGGUUGGUUUUAUCUAUGGCGCUUGACAAAAGAUGCAAAAUAUCGUCAAUGGGCAUGGGACGCUACUGUGGCUAUUGAAAAAUAUUGUUCAACACCGGAAAAAACUGGAUAUUCCGGUAUAUCGAAUGUUGAUGAUCCAAAAACACGACAAGAUGAUGUACAACAAAGUUUUUUCCUCGCUGAAACAUUGAAAUAUCUUUAUUUAAUAUUUUCCAAUGACGAUCUAAUAUCAUUUGAUCAAUGGGUCUUCAAUUCAGAAGGUCAUCCAUUACCCAUUAAGAAUCGUAAUCAAGCUUAUCCUCGAUAGUGAAACCGAAUAAAAAAAAAUUCAUCCGGUAAUCAUCAUUGGUGCCUGAAAAAAUUUUUGGACAGUCGGAGAAAAUCGAAACC